AGAACAAGUUUUAGAUAUGCUCUUCAUGUUGACUCCUCAAGGAAAACUGGUACACUGAAGAGGAGAGCGGCUAGGUCACAGAGUCAGUCAAGCUCUCGCGGUGGUACGCCAGAUGCCGUGAAUUUUCGUUUCAACCCUCGAACGGAAGGGUUUUCAAUCUUCUGCCACCUUGUACGGAGGUUAUCAUCGAGUUCUCAGGAUGGUACCAUUAACUGGAAUGUAAUCAGAAAUCAGUACAGGACACGACCUCCUAACCACCUACCUGUCAAGUGUCGUGGAAGUAUUAGACAGCCGUGGAUUAGUUUGAGACCAGCGUCCCCAUUCAAUCCGAAAACUCCGAGUCCAACGUCUUCUAAUUCACGUUCAUCUCAAGGUAAGAUGAGCAACAUUCACCUCUUUCUGGAGCGUGCAAUCGACAUGAAUAACACGGAUUCGAGUCAGGACAGUGCACGACGCCAACAUAUCGUGGAGCAACUGAGGAAGAACGGAGUGUUCGUGGAUGAAAACGGUCGCACAGUUUUUCCUGAAGAGAGUGAUCCCUUUCCCACUAAAUUGUCGGAACCGAAUGAUGAUGAGCUCAUGGCAAGUCCAGCUAGUCUUUGCUCUUCACUUACCAACGUGAAAUUUUGGUGCGACGGGCUGGGCAUAAGAGCGGAACGAAAACUUCUGUGA